UUUGUGCGGGCCGAGUCUGUUGCAUGGGGUAUUUGGCCAACAAUAGAAAGUGGUACGUGCCAUCCCUUAGUGGCUGAAGGUAUAUCUACAGGCGGCACGGGCAUGGUCCUGCUGUCAACAGAAUAUUGGUUCCAGACUGAGCAGGGUUAGGGCGGAACGCUGAAAAGAUCAAACGCAUGUCCAGUAGCCAGGCUAUCCUAUUUUGAAGCUGUCUUCCAUCUCUUCAAACGCCGAAGAUCUCGUUUGGAACUAGUGUCCAGUCCCCUCUCCAAUCCCUUUUCGCAGGAUCUUGAAUCUGUUUUAAAUACAAGCACCCAGAGAAAUCGUCAACAGCACGUCGUAGAAUGGGACUGGUUAUUUAAAUUACUUACAAGACAAAAAGGAAAACCUCACAGUCGCUGGCGAAGGUUUAGCGCACCAAUGGCAAGGAUUUAGUGAAGUGUCAUUUAGACGGCUCUUGCGCUCCAGGCGAGUGUGUGUGUGAGUGCGUGUGUGUGUGUGAGAGUGUGUGUGUGUCAGGAUGCCACUGGUGAAGCGCAGUAUCGAGCCCCGGCACCUGUGCCACACAGUGCUGCCACGCAACAUCAAGAAUGAGCUGGAGUGUGUGACCAACGUCUCCCUGGCCAACGUCAUACGACAACUCAGCAGCCUCAGUAAGUAUGCGGAGGACCUGUUUGGGGAGCUGUUUAAUGAGGCACACUCCUUCUCCUUCCGGGUCAACUCCCUACAGGAGCGCGUGGACCGCCUCUCUGUCUCCGUCACACAGCUAGACCCCAAGGAAGAGGAGCUGUCGCUCCAGGACAUCACCAUGCGCAAAGCCUUCCGCAGCUCCACCAAUCAGGACCAGCAGCUCUUUGACAGACUGUCGUUGCCCCUCCCCCUGAAGGAGACCUUUGACCUCUGCGAGCAGCCGCCACCCCUCAACAUCCUCACUCCCUAUAGGGACGACGGCAAGGAAGGGCUGAAGUUCUACACCAACCCCUCGUACUUCUGGGACCUGUGGAGGGAGAAGAUGCUGCAGGACACCGAGGACAAGAGGAAAGAGAGGAGGAAGCAGAAGCUGGACUGGCCUCAAGGGUACACACCCCACGAGCCCAACUUGCCCCCAGCCCCACAGUUGCAAGACCCCCACUCCUAUGAACAGGUCUAUAAGUACCUAGACCUCCCCGCACAGCAUAAGAACAUUGAUCGUAUGGCGGAUCUAGAGAAGGUUCCGCGUGCACCUCACGACCGUAAGAAGGAGUGGCAGAAGCUGGCCCUGGGGGCGGAGCUGGCCGAGCAAGACCUCGAAGACACACAAGUGGAUGCCGCCAACGGCGCACGGCCCAUGAUGUACAUGGAGCAUGAGGGAACGUUCUCAUUGGCUGCGCUACCGUACUGUCAAAUGAACGAGCUGUUGAACCGAGGAGACCGCGCAGGAUACGGCCGUCCUCACGAUCCCCCACCCCCACCCCCCGCCAUCAGCUCCAGUUCCGGCCUGUCCGACGGCGUGCCUGGAUCCCCCGGCCGCAUGGCCGGCUUCCCCAACUCCAACACCCCCCCGCCGCCCCCUACUCCUCUGCCCCCUCCCCCGCCCCCUCUUCCCUCCUCCGCCGUGCAGCCAGGCAUGCGUGGCACGCCGCCUCCCCCCGUCCCACCCCUACCGUCCCAGCCGCAGCCACAGCAGCUCCCUCCAGCCAUCCCCCCGGCCCCCCCCUCUCUGCAGAUCGCUCCGGGGGUCCUGCACCCGGCCGCGCCGCCCGUGGCGCCCCCUCUCCACAUGGGCUCCCCGGCCAAGAUGCCCGGCGUGCCCGCCGACGGCUCGGUGCUGCCCCCUCCGCCACCGCCACCACCGCCGCCCCUGCCCGGCGCCCGGGGCGCCUCCCCUGCCCACCACUUGCCCGCUGCCGCUGCCGCCGCCAUGUCAUCCCCGCCCCCCCACGCCGCCGGCGGUGCUGGCCACGAGCCCAAGCGUUACCCGGCCAACCUGCCGCCCAUCAGCGACGCCCGGAGCGUCCUAUUGGAAGCCAUACGCAAAGGUAUCCAGCUGCGGAAGGUGGAAGAGCAGCGUGCGCAGGAGGAGAAGCACGAGCGCGUGGGCAACGACGUGGCCACCAUCCUGUCCCGCCGCAUCGCCGUGGAGUACAGCGACUCAGAGGACGACAGCGAGUUCGACGAAGUCGACUGGAUGGAGUGAAAAAGGAGAUACAGGGAGAGAGAGAGCGAGAGCGAGAGAGAGAGAGAGAGAUGGGGGGUGGCUCUGGCUCUUCUACUCUUUCCUUUAUCAGAAUUUCUACAAGGUCAACUUGAAGGAGUUAAGAAUGAGGGAGAGAGAGAGAGGGAGAGAGAGAGAGAAAGAGAGCGAUGGCUCUGCCUCCUCUACUCUUUACUUUACCAGCUCCUCUCGUCUACUCUUGUUUUGCGGUUACAGCUCCUUCACCUCUCCGGGUCGUCAGAAUGGUGUAAACAAAAGAGAAGGGAAGAGAUUGUUAGAGAGUAAGAGGGUGAGAGGGGAAGGGAGAUACACAGCUCAUCCACUCCUCUCCUAUUCAGAUCGUUGUCUUCUGUUUCGCGUCAUCAUGUUAUGUUAUUAUUGUUAUUAUGUGGUCCUGUCACCCCCCUUAUUGUUUUUUUUUUUACAUACGCACAGCUCACAGGUAUUCUGCCUCUUUUCUCUUCUCUCUCUAUUUUUCUCUCUCUCUCUUUCCCCUUUAUUUUCCAUCUUUUUUCUUUUUCAUUCUUUUCAAAAUUCCUUCCAUCUUUGCAUAUUUCUUUCCCUCCCCUUCCCUCUGUUUUCCUUACAUGCUUCUUUUUUUUUUUACAAGAAUUCUAAAUAUCAUCUUUACCAUCAUCUUUCUUCCUUUUCUUUUGCUCUGAUUUUCCAGCUGUGUUCUAGGGGAAGAAAAUCAUUGAAAAAGUAAACGGUUUUGUAUUCCUUUUUGACUACAUGUCUCUCGACAGUUUAGAUGACACUGUUUCUGUUUAAAUAGUGUGACGUCUUUCCAUCUUGUACAGUUUAGACAUGGAAUAACACAGUGUAUGGUUUUUGCACAAUGAUAUUUGAACUGAGGAGAAACGUUUGGCCCCUGCCUGUCUGUGUGUCCGUAUGUAUGUAACACUACGAAGGUGAUUUUCUUCAUUUUUUGCGCUCUACUACCACCAUCUGUUUGAUGAAGGAAUUGCAACUUUAUUGUCAAACUGUAGGAUUGUUUAUCUGUUUGUUUUCUUUGUCUCUUUAAUUGUUUAAGACAAAAAAAGAUGAAAAACUACUAAUUUGACAGGGGCCUUUGAUGCCAUUUUGAAUGAAAAUGAUCUAGGUGUCUUUAAGCAUUUUCGUUGGAAGGUCAGUUUGUGUGUGUGUGACUGUGUGUGUGUGUGUGUACGUGCGUGUGUGCAUGCAUGUGUGAGUUUGUGUGUGUACGUACGUUUGUAUGUGUUGUUUUUCUUUGUCAAUGAAGUCAAUUUUUGAAUGACAGAACGUGGUGUCCCAUUGUAUGUGUUUGAUUGACAAGAAAGUAAGAAAAAGAUGCAGUUACCAAACAAACCCGAGUCAAACUGAGGAAGAUGUAUUGAUGUUUUGCACCCUUGUAUUGUGUGUGUGUGUGUGUGUGUGUGUGUGUGUGCGUGCGUGCGUGCGUGCGUGCGUGCGUGCGUGUGUGCAAGGCAAAGACAAAGGGGAUAGUUAUCCCGGGCCCAGGUAGAGAAUGGGCACAGAAUUGUGUCCUCAUUACAUUGUAUGUAUUGGACUUGGUGGGCCAUUUCAAACGACUUUGUCCUUUCCCAGACAAAGCUGUAAGAGGCCCUGUGUGUGUGUGUGUGUGUGUGUGUGUGUGUGUGUGUGUGUGUGUGUGUGUGUGUGUGUGUGUG